AAAAAGAUUGCAGCACCACAAUUUCGCAUAUGGUCUCCCACUACACUACUCAGUGUGGCCCUAUGCAGCUUAACUAACGUUGAUCGGACGGGAAACAGUGCUUCCUGCAUGGUAUGGCUGCAACCGGAAGGUGUUAUGAUACGACAUGAGCCAGAUUAUAGAUUCUGGGCAUCCUGUAUAAUACGAAGGACGAAGAGUCUAAACAUUCCUGAUCGGGGUUACCCCUCACCUACUGUAUAG